AUGGUCUGGGGAACCGAUUCAAAGAGAACUGGUGUCGAGCACAAUAGGACGCUCGCCUACGAAGUGUGCAAAAGAUGGAACAUCCCCAAGGGCGGAGACGUGAAGCCUCUGCUGGAGCUAUUCCACGAUGACGCGACAUUCACCAAUAUGGCUCGCUCUGACAUUUCCCCCGAACUUGGCGGAACACGUACCAAGGAACAAUUUGAAGAGUUCCUUGGCGCAGCGGUUCAGAACCGAGCCAUCAACCUCCAGUUGCGAGGCAUCACCGCCCAAGAGGACCGCCUUGCCCUCGAGUGUACCUCGGAUAUGCACGUCAACGAUCAUCACUACAACAACACGUAUCACUACCUUUUCGAAAUCAGAGACGGAAAAAUCGCUCAUGCUCGGUUCUAUCUUGAUACCUUUCUUACUAAGAAGCUGUUCGAAUGGGUUGCUGAGACUUCCGAAGAGUGA